AUGGAUUUGAACCUGAUUGGAUAUUUGAUGUGUGUGUGGUUGUCCUGCUCACGGGUGCUUGGAGGCUAUCCCAUCUGGUGGUCCCUCGCUCUUGGACAGCAGUACUCGUCUCUGGGCUCACAACCCAUCCUGUGCGGCUCCAUCCCUGGCCUGGUGCCCAAACAGUUACGCUUCUGUCGCAACUACAUCGAGAUCAUGCCCAGCGUCGCAGAGGGGGUCAAACUGGGCAUCCAGGAAUGCCAGCACCAGUUCAGAGGGCGCAGGUGGAACUGCACCACCAUCAAGGACAACCUAGCCAUUUUUGGCCCAGUACUAGAUAAAGCCACGAGAGAGUCUGCGUUUGUCCAUGCCAUCGCUUCAGCCGGGGUUGCGUUCGCUGUGACACGGUCCUGCGCUGAGGGCACCUCCACCAUGUGCGGCUGUGACUCCCAUCACAAAGGACCCCCGGGCGAGGGCUGGAAGUGGGGCGGCUGCAGUGAGGAUGCAGAGUUUGGGGUGCUGGUGUCCAGGGAGUUUGCAGAUGCCCGGGAGAACCGGCCGGACGCUCGAUCUGCUAUGAACAGGCACAACAACGAAGCAGGGCGAUCGACCAUCCUGGACCACAUGCACCUGCGCUGUAAGUGUCACGGUCUGUCCGGGAGCUGUGAGGUGAAGACGUGCUGGUGGGCGCAGCCGGACUUCCGCACACUGGGGGACUACCUCAAGGACAAGUACGACAGCGCCUCAGAGAUGAUCGUGGAGAAGCACCGGGAGUCUCGGGGCUGGGUAGAGACGCUGCGGGUCAAAUACGCUUUUUUCAAACACCCGACGGAGCGUGACCUGGUGUACUAUGAGGGCUCACCCAACUUCUGCGAGCCCAACACGGAGACGGGCUCUUUCGGGACCAGGGACCGCGUGUGUAACGUGUCCUCGCACGGCAUAGAGGGCUGUGACCUGCUGUGCUGCGGCCGGGGACACAACACCAGGACUGAGAAGCGCAAAGAGAAGUGUCACUGCAUCUUUCACUGGUGCUGCUAUGUCAGCUGUCAGGAGUGCGUGCGCGUGUACGACGUGCACACGUGUAAGUGAGACUGGACUGUGCUCAGACUGUUGGACUCCCAGUGCUGCCCAUCAAAACUCACUCCUCUCCAAAUCCCCUGCUUCCUCCCCUAGACAACAGCAUCGACACGGCACUCCCCCUAAAGGGUUCUGGCACAUUGUUGAUGAACAUUUUUUGUAAAAACCCUGCACUAGAAAUGCUGACCAGCACACAGUUUCAUUCAGACUAGAUUAGAAGACCCUCCGUGAUCUGACCAGUGCCCCUCUUAUAGGAAGCAGCUUCAUGACCCCUGUCCCAGACCCUGACACGUGCAGCAUCAGGACCCCAUUCUCCCCUUUUGUCUUAAUUUAUUUCCUCCCCUCCAGCCAUUGUUUGUGGCACGUACUCAACACUUUUUACCUGUGAGAUGAAUGCAGUAAAACUUUCAGACUCUCUGCUUUUGUAUAAAAAGCAUGUUUUAACUAACACCUCAUUUCUCUGGACAUAUUGGCUGGUUUGUUAUGAAAUCAACA